GGCCAACAAAGCUUUCUUCCUGACACAAACACCACUAACCUCCUUUCCCCUACUCCUCCUCUCCUCUCUUCUCUCUCUUUUUCUCUUUGCCUUGAACGCUCAGUCUUGUAUUAUCAUACAUCAACGGAUUCUUUUCUCUCUGAUUCUCCUCUGAAAUCCCUAACUUCAAUUUUUCCGAUCUGCUACUUUAAUCUAAUCAUAUAUACACUAGUUUAUGCAUGUAAAUGGCUUCCAUCUCUUCGAGUCCACGCACUGUAGAAGAGAUCUUCAAGGACUACAACGCUCGCCGCACCGGACUCGUCCGUGCUCUCACUUACGAUGUGGAUGAAUUCUACUCUCAAUGCGAUCCAGAAAAGGAGAAUUUGUGUUUGUAUGGACACCCAAAUGAGUCAUGGGAGGUGACUUUGCCAGCUGAGGAAGUUCCGCCUGAGCUCCCAGAACCAGCAUUGGGCAUCAAUUUUGCAAGAGAUGGGAUGCACCGUAAAGAUUGGCUUUCACUUGUUGCAGUGCAUAGUGACUGUUGGUUGCUCUCUGUGGCAUUCUACUUUGGUGCUCGACUUAAUCGCAAUGAAAGGAAGCGCCUGUUUAGCCUGAUAAAUGAUCAGCCCACCCUAUUUGAAGUUGUAACUGGAAGAAAGCCAGUAAAAGACAAGCCCAGCGUGGACAGUGGUAGCAAAUCAAGGAACAGUACAAAGAGGUCAAUUGAUGGACAAGUAAGAAAUACCAAGUUACUUGAUGAAAGCUAUGCAGAAGAGGAAGAUGAGCAUGGUGAGACCCUUUGUGGGAGCUGUGGAGGGACUUACAGUGCUGAUGAGUUUUGGAUCGGUUGUGAUGUAUGUGAGCGGUGGUACCAUGGGAAAUGUGUGAAGAUAACACCAGCCAAGGCGGAAAUGAUUAAGCAGUACAUAUGCCCUUCUUGCAGCACCAAGAAGCGAAGGCAGUAACAGCGGAAGAAGGAAAGAAACUGUUUUGCUUACGGAUGGUUUCAUAAAUCACUGAUAGUUAAUCCUUUUCUGUUUCCUUUUCUCCUUUUCUUAUGGGGGUCAAAAAGGGCUUGUUGGCAUCUUGUUAUCAUAGUUUUUAAUCAAAAGAUGUUAUUUAGUGUC